CGGCCGGCCCGCAGCGCCCGGGCCGUGCCCGGCCCGCCGUGCCUGGUGCAUGCCGGGGCGGAGCGAGCUGAACCGCCCCCGCGCCGGCCGCCGUCCCCUUCGCCCGCAGCCUUGACCCCGCCUGCCCAGCCAUGGCAGCCUCGCUGAGCCGCCCCUGCUUCAUCUCCCUCCACCUGCCCUACAGGCAGGGCUGGGGCCAGCACCUGGCCAACACCUUUCGCUUCCAGCCAGUGGCCGUGCGGGAGACGCCGCGUGUCCGGCAGCUGGCCUUGCGACGGGAAUCUGCCAUCUUCCUCGUCAACGAGCGCCUGGCGCCUGCCAGCACCUCAUCCCGCGACUUCCUCUACGACGUAGAUCCCCAGCCCACCCUGGGCACGGCCUCCAACGUCUGCUUCGAGGUGGAUGAUGUGCCGGGGCUCUGCAAGCGGCUGCAGAGCCAGGGGUGCUCCUUGCUGGUGCCCCCCACGGAGCUGAGUGAUGACGCCGGUUCUGUCACCUACGGCGUGGUGAGCUCUGUCGUGGGCAACAUCAGCCACACCCUUUUGGACCGAUCCUGUUACCGGGGACUCUUCCUGCCUGGCUUCCAGCCCAUCCAAGGAGCCCCCUCAGCCACAGGGGAUGGGAUCAAGAUCACUCACUUUGACCACAUCACGUACGUCUGCCCCCGGGGCGGGGCCCGGGCGGCUCUGGACUGGUACCAGCGCUGCUUCGGCUUCCACCGCUUCCUGCUGAACCCCCGGGAGCGGCCGGCUGAGGGGUAUGUGCUGGGGGGGCAGGGGGUGGGCAUGCUGCUCCUCGCACUGCAGGGCGCCCAGGGCACCCCAGCCCACGGCUGCAAACUGGUCUUUGCAGAGUCCCUCUCCCAGAACGGCACCAACCAGGUUGACACGUUCCUGGAGCAGCACGGUGGGGCUGGCAUCCAGCAUGUUGGCCUCUGCACCACUGACAUUGUCGGCACGACCAGGGCUCUGCAGCAGCGGGGGGCACGGUUCUUCACACCCCCCACCACGUAUUACAGCCAGGGGGGCAAAGCAGAGGAGAUCCGAGGAGCUGGGCAGGACCCCCACAAGCUGGCAGAGCUUGGCAUCCUCCUGGACACCACAGUGCCUGGGGACAAGGGCCGGCCAGGCUCUGAUGCCACAGAGAGCCCCUCUCGGGAAUAUUUGAUGCAGAUCUUCACCCAUCCCAUCUUCUCUGAGGAGACCUUCUUCCUGGAGCUCAUUGACCGUCGGGGAGCGCCCGGCUUCGGGGAAGGCAAUAUCCGGGCGCUGUGGAAAGCCGUGCAGGUCUACAUGGACCAGCAGCACUAGUGCAACGCUGCAGUCCUCCUCCCUCAGCUCCCCAUCUUCUCCAGUCCAGCCCCGGGGCAAGGACCGUAGAGAUCCCAUCCCUGGCAUGGCCCAGGUGAGCAGGGAC